CCCGCUGUCGUGCCAGUUGACUCGGUGCCCGCUGUCGAGCUUGAUGACUCGGUGCCCGCUGUCGUGCCAGAUGACUUGGUGCCCGCUGUCGUGCCAGAUGACCCGGUGCCCGCUGUCGAGCUUGGUGACUCGGUGCCCGCUGUUCUGCCAGAUGACUCGUGCCUGCUGUUCUGCCAGAUGACUCGGUGCCCGCUGUCGAGCUUGAGGCCUCGGUGCCUGCUGCCUCACCUGAUGGCCUGGAGCCUGCUGCCUUGCCUGAUGGCCCGGUGCCUGCUUCUCCGCCUGAUGGCCCGGUGCCUGCUGCCUCACCUGAU